AUGAAGCUCCGCAGUCCGUCGCAAGCCAUUACUGUAACCCACUUCGGUGGAACGUCAGUUGAUUUCCUCGCUGAUCACAUUGUCAACAAAGUGGAUUAUCCAUCUAUCCGUGUUUGGAAUCCAUUGACAAAGUACCCCUCUCCAACCGUGGGUGCAUCUCUACGGGCUACCGUCCUCUCAAUCAAGAGAGAGACUAAGAUCUGCUUUGGGAACAAAACUGUUUUGAAGCUGGUACUUUUUGAUGGUAGCAACAACUGUUUCAAAGCUGUUACUGACACUUUGCUUUCUGAAACUCUACCUGAUGUUCAGAAAGGAUGCGUCCUUUCUAUCCCAGAGUAUAGUUGGAUCAAGCUCAAUUCUGAUUCCUCUUUCAAAUUCAUUCGCAUCAUGAUGAUUUCUUCUUUCGAGGCUGAGACUGCUCCCACCUGUGAACCCAUGCCUGUUCUGCUUCUCGACGAUCCAGACGAAAACAGAAUUGGUAGGUCUGCACAGGCAAUGUUGGCCAACACUACAUCUUUCCAUCCAGACGUUGUCAAGAGGUGCCACAGUACCGGGCAGGUGGUAUUCACCUGUGCUGAGUGUCUUUACGAUCCUAAGACCAAUGCCGGUUUUGUCUAUUGUGCUCCUGCCAAGAGGUGGCAGUUAGCUGGAGCUGCACCCGUUGCGACCAGGUUCCUCAAACCAGACUUCAAGAAGCUUUUCACUACUGGUUUGUCCGACAGUGAUGAUGACUCCACUGUCAUGUACUGCGAAUGUCAAUCCAAGUUCAACUAUACCUGCUGUGGAAGGUUCACUUUUUCUAUUACGAUGAUGGACACUGACCUUCUCUUUGACAAGAUGAUUGCGAAAGUUCCGGUUGACAAGAGGGUUGCUACUUGUUGGGAUGAACUCGACGCUCCCAAAAAGAGGUGGUGUGUCUAUCAUUGGAUUGCUCCCAACCUUUACGACCUUACUGAACGCACCGAGCUCCCUAGCUGCAUUGUCAAGUAUGUUCGAGAGAAGAUUCCCAACGAUAACGAGCAGCAAAGCUACACUGGGUAUGUUCCAAGGUUCACUCAUCAGUCUAUUCUGUCUCCCCUCAAGGCGGAAGCUGAUGUGGCUGAAGAUACUAUUGGUGACGACGACUAUGGAGAACCGACUACCGAAGAGUUCGAAGCUUACGCCAAAGAAAUGGAGGAAGAGGCUUUUUCCAAGGGAGAACGUGACUACUGGAGUGUUGCCUUGGAGAUUGCUGCCACCUAUGAUGAACAGAACAAUGCCGAAGGUUCCGCCGACAAGAAACCCGAAGGUUCGGCCAACAAGAAAGAAUCCAAGUAA